GUUUCAUUUGUGCAGUUUACUCUUUGGUUGCCCGUAACAAAUGGGUGGGGUGACAUUAAUGGAGAAACGUAACGGAGAAAUGGGGAAGAGCUCCCCCUCUCGCGAAAUCAAGCAAUCGCAAGAAACCAGGCGUAGAUUUCUACGAGGAUGCUCGGCAAUUUUCAUGUGAGUCAGAAUCUGAAACGGCUAUCGGUGCAUUGUCAGCUAGUCAACUACUCGUACUUGUUGCUUUCUGCACCCGACUCACCAAAAUUUCUUCCCAAUUUCCACCAAAGACCCAUUCUUUUUCAUAGUUUGGCCUCGCAUCUUUGCAUCGUUACAGUUACACCCCGCCGCACCUGAUAUAGAGAGAUGCCCCACUCGGAAUUUGAAAAAGUGUGUGAGAAGUGGAAAACUGAAACCCUUUUUCCUUCUCUUUCGGUGGCUCCUCCAGAACUUCAAGCACACCUUCACUCCAAUCCAAUUGCUCUUCACCGAACCAUAUAACCAUUCACUGGAAUGGGAGGAUGCUGUUGUUCUGCAAGGAAGAAUCUGCUCCAGGGAACCCAUGUAUUUCACUAUUAUUCGCCGUCUUCAGAGGAGCAUGAGUCUUUGACGUCAAAUGACAGUGCAGCCACUGGAUUCACAACUGAUUUGGACCUUGAUACAUCAAGCCCUGACACUUUCCACCCGCCGCCCAGGCCAAUUCCAUUUGAUGCACUCUUGGGGUGUCCACAACCAUCUGAUGCCAUAGAUUCAAGGAAAAAUGAGCUUGAACAUGUAAAAUCAAGUCCGCUUGCCCUUUCCCUGGACGAAGAAGAGGAUGUUUGUCCCACUUGUCUUGAAGAGUAUAGUGCCGACAACCCAAGAAUAACAGCCAAAUGCAAACACCAUUUUCACCUUUCAUGCAUCCUAGAAUGGAGGGAAAGAAGUGACACAUGCCCAAUAUGCAAUCAGGAAAUGAUAUGUGAAAAUGAACCCCUGUGAUGUAUUUAGUUUUUUUUACCAAAACCAAAUCAGUUUAGAUCGAUAAAUUCAUGGUUCGAAGCAAAGUAAAUACAACCAGGAGGAUCACCAUGCCAAACAUAGCAACCAGACAUAGAACCAACAGCCUUAGCCAAGUCGUGGGCUACCCGCUUCAUAUGAGCAAACUCAAUACCAAAAAUGGUAGCUACUACUAGCUCUUUGAUGAUGUAUUUAGGUUAGCUAGCUGUAUGUAGAAAGUGUAGUCAUCCUGUUUAUGCAAAGGCCAAGAUAGAUUUUAUUUCCAGUUUUGUGUGCUGUGUAGCACACCUGGAAUUUUUUUCUUAUGUUACCAUUAUCCUGUAUAGGUAUCUAUUUCUGUUGUAAAUUAGUUUACUUUUCUGUAAAUAUUGUAUUGGGUUUUAUUUUUAUUGUUGUAUUAUAUACUCUGUAUUAAUUAGUCAUAUAGAAUUGCAUAAGUUAUGAGUUAACAGUUUUGACAUGGUAGCUGUUGCAUUUAA